AUGGCAGGCUCCGGGGGAAAGAGCAUCUUCCCUGAAAACCCCUACCACAUCCCUGGCUAUGGGGGCUACGUCCCUCAGUUCACCUUCACCUUUGGGGACACCUAUGGCAGGACCACCCAUGAGCUGCUGACAGAUCCCAGUGUCAGGAAGAGCCCUCGCUCCCUGCUGGCACCACUGGACUCCAAGGAAAACCUCCUCCAGUACCAUUACCACAUCGACCACCCAGGUUAUGUCACCUACCAGACCAUCACGAGCCCUCCCGAGAUCCCCCUGGGAUUUGAUUUCUCUCUUUGUUUUGAGCAGCUGGAAACCGGAGGUGUGGCACUGCCAGGAGGGGUUGCAGCAGCAGAUUACACCUUGCCAGUGCUGCCAGUGCCCAAUGCCAUCCGACAGAAAGUCACUUUAGGGUACACUGGCUACAUCCCCUGCUCCCUGGACAACGUUGGCAUGACCUACCUGCUGGGUGUGAAGAAAGCCAUGCAGGAAUUUGACCGUCGCCAGCUUUUGGAGAGAAAUCCACCUUACACGUUGGGCAGGAGGUUCCCCCUGACACACUGGCCAGACACCAAAAUUUAUACCCGUGCUGGACUCAUCCCCAACUACAUGGGCUUUGUACCACAUCUGCAGGACAUCUGUGGGCUCACCUAUGGGGACGGCACGCGGGAGUCGUACCGCUGGGAACAGAGGAGACGGGGACUUGCACUGUGAAAACUGCUUUAAUGGUGCCUGUACAGCAUUGGGAGUGACUCGGAAACAGCAAUAAUAACACAACACAAACAGAACUUUUUGAAUGAGAGAGUUCAUACAACUUUAAA